AUGGCUGCGAAACUCUCCUCAAUAUCAACCGAGACAGCUCACUUCGUUGCCUACCAACCCGGACAGUUUACUUCGUUAGCAGUCCAGUCAACUCACUUCACGUCCGUUACCUCACACCUCCAAAGAGUAAUAUCCCAUUACGACUACGAUUACGCUAUCGUAACGGAUUCCGCACACAACAACACAACCAGCGGCAAGAAGACCCCCCGCAACAGCCAGGGCAACAGCCAGGGCAACAACCAGGCUGCAAACGAGUACACGCAGCCUAGCCUCUUCCCCGGUGGGCAAGCAGAGGAAGACGACUACUCUCUGCCCACCAACCUCUACCAACCCGCCACCACCAACAACAACCCCACAAGCGCCCUCACCAUCGGAGCCAUGGCCAGCUCCUCCUCGUUCAACCCUUCCGUCGCGGGCCCGAACCGGAACAACAUAAACAACUUGGGCAAGGGCAAGGGCAAGGGCAAGGGCAAGGGCAAGGCCGUGGCACAGGCACAGGCGCCGAAGCAAGUACCGAAGAAGCCGGCCCAGCCCCAGCCCAAGAAGGUGUCCAAGUACGGCGAGGGGCUGCCGGUGUGCAAGUACGGUCCGCCGUUCGUCAUGACGCAGCUGACAAGCGACAUGACCCGGGAGGAGAUGGAGCGCCACAACGCGCACAACAUGCUGGUGGCCGAGGAGCGCAAGUUCUUCAUGCGGGCCAAGAACAACUACUCGGCACGGAUCAGCCGCGAGCGCAAGGCCAAGCUGAUCGAGGACCAGGAGCACGAGAUCCGAAUCCUCAAGCGCCAGAACAACGAGCUGGCGACCAUGAACCGUGCGCUGAGGAUCGGGGGCGCCAAACCGUCCACCCUUGUGCAGGAGACCCAGGGCCUGCGCGCCGAGAACCAUGGGCUGAGGCGGGAGAUGAACAAGCUCCGGGCGCUGCAGGGGAUGCAGCUCCUGGAGGAGCACACCAUGAUCCCCGUCGGGGACGUCGGUGGCCCGUCUGCUGAGCCUGCCUUGAACUACGCCGCCGCCUCAAACCCUUCUGCGGCCUCGAACCAGUAUGCUGCGGCGAACCCGGCUGCUUCUCAAUUCGGCGCUCAGGGCAGUUCCGGGUCGCAGGCCAACGGAGACGCUGGCAGCACCUACACACCACAGGGCUGGGUAAGAGACAAGUCGGCCUGGAGCGAUGGGUACCAUGGCGAGGGUACCGGCCAGGGUCGGACAGCCCUCGAGGCCCAACACCAGCAAACACCAUGUGCCACCUCAUCCACGAAACCCACCACCAGGGCUGCAACCACACAGCCCGCACCCUCGACCCGCAGCACCGGUCUCGCUUCUGCCUCAGGUGGCCUGACGUUCCCGACCCAGAAUGUGGAGAGUCAGAGCGUCAAUGACCCCCGCAGCACCGGCGAAGGCAUGGUCAGGACCGAUGGCUUGCUGCCCCCGAUAGAUUGGGAUUGGCGGGCCAUGCUGAAGGCCGCGUCGAAAGGCGGCGACAACAAUGGCGUGCCGGACCCUGACCUCGACGCAUUCGACUUCGGGACGGGCGGCGAGUCGGCUCAGGGACAGGACCUGGACGGCAUGGACUGGCAGGGCACGAGUGGCAGCGGCGGCGGUGGUGUGCCGGCUCAGAACUUCGGCAGGCAGAACGGGCAGGGCGCGAGUGGCAGCAGCGGCGUGGGAAGCGGUGUGCCGGCUCAGAACUUCGGCAUGCAGGACGACCAUGGCGCGGGGGUCAGCGGUAGUGUUGGCAGUGAUCGCAGCGGUGUACCGGAACCGAACUUCGACAGGGACUUCACCAUGUACCCCAACGGCAGCUCCGCGGGAAACUUCGGCGGAAACUACCAGGGCUGGUCUGCCUACCCGGAGUCGGACACGGACAGGGCCAGGAUCGAGGAUCGGGAUACCGGUCGGGCUGGACGAACACGGGCAUAUCGGGGGGAUUCGCGGACACGAUAA